AUGAAGCGUCCUGGUAAGGGAGUGCGUCAAGGGUCUUCCAGUUCUGUGGCUGGUCGCAGUGUAGGUCGUGGUGUUGCGGUGCCUGAAGAGGACGAGUUGAUGCAGGAGGUGUUGGACGGUCGGAGGACGAGUCGGGAGGUGACGACGGCGGGGUCUUUCAUUGCAUGGUUGAACGAGUUGGUUCACAAAGUCCAGGCCCUGGGGUCGGUGGAUAUCCGGGACGAGUUGCGUCAAUUCCACAUUCGAAUUCGUGAGCAUCCGGAGAGCGUGACGAUGCGUGAAAGUGCGGUAGUAAUUGCAACACUCACACGCGCAAUCAAGAAGCAGGUGGCCGGCUUCAUCGACGACGUGGAGUCGCUCAAAGAGAAAAUUCGGUCGCAUGGGGACGACGAAGAGGGACCGCCCGCCGCCAGGGCUAGGAGUAGGUCGCAUCGGAGUCACGGGGCCGGGCUGGUGGUGCCGACGACCAUCACCUCGGCCGUGAUCAAGACAGCCAAACGGUUGGCGGGGGCGCAGUCCGCAUCAAUCCGAAUGAGGUCCCGCCACCACCGAGUGCCGAGACACGUUGCCGGUAUGGAUGCCGGAGUGGAUACCGAGCAGGGGGGAGAUUCGAACGCACGACUGUUAGGUGCCGAGAUGUCAGGUGCCCAGGUGUUCAGUGCGGCCAACAUCCAACAGUCCAUCCAGGCCAUCAUGGCGGGUCUCAGCACCACUGACGUCCUGAGCCUUCUCGGAAUCGACCCUGCGGCCCCUGUGGUCUUGAUCGACGACGAAGACGUCAUCAUGGCCUUCGAGGCAGCCCUUAGUCCGAACCACACUAUAGGCAGUUCCUCUAGCUAUACUGGGCAGUCCACCUCCAAAAGCACCCCGUUCGCCACUCCCAUGGAGUCCCCGGUUGGCUCGCCCCACGUCCUUCCCGUACCGUCUCCAAAUGGAACGGUGUUAGGACGAGGUACACCAUCUCCAGAUUUGUUUCCGGCCUCGUCUCUAGAACUACUGUCUCCGGGUAUUCUGUCGCCCGGAAUGCUGACUCCCGGGAACAUGCCCGGUCUCGGCGACCCAAGUCGGGGACCUGUCUCCAUUCAAGAUAUUGUUGCAGAAGUUAACCGGAUCAAAAAUGCCACACAGGGGGUACCAGGACAGGACUCCGGAAUACCCAUUGUCGAAAUCUUAACACCACUCACCCUCCCUGCACCUCCUCCCGAGACCGACAACCUACCAGCGGCAGAGAACGAGACUGCUGGCAACCAGAACAAGAAUGCUGGGAGCCAGAACGUGAUCCCGGACGUGAUCGCGGACGCGGCCCAGAAUGCGGUCCAGAACGUGGUCGCUGGGGGUGAGAAUGCCGUGGAUGCUGUAGUACCCGACCACACGGACCCAGAACCGUCAGAGUCAGGACCCACAGAGUCAGGACAGGCGGGCCGAAAGGAAUCGAUGGGGCAGAUCCGUACACCGAUAGGAAAGGACCGCGAGUUUGUUUCGAGCCCGCGCUUGGUGGAUGAGUUGACGAAUCCGACGACUGCGGGUAGUGGGUUGAGAGCGAUUGGCGCGUCGGCGGACUCGGUAGGUGACUGUGGAGGUGGCCCUCAGUCGACGGUGAGAGAGUUGGAAUUGGAUGAGUUGGAUGAGAACCAGCGUUUUCUGGAAGAGGCAUCGGAGCCAGUGCGACUCACAAUGUACGAGCGGUUGCGGGACCGACGACGACCGAAGGUUGUAGGACACGACGAUGUGGCAGUCGCUGUGGAUAGCGACAAGGACAGUGACGUACCGCACCCGGCCAGUGUGAGUCGGAGUCGCCGGAGACUGGGAACGACGACCAGGAAGAAGAAGCCACGACACGUGGCGCCUGACGCUGCUAUCGACGUGGUGCUUUGGAGCGAGGAUGAGACAAUCCGGAGGUGUCCUCUGGAUGUGCAUAGUCUUAAGUCUAUGGCAGGAGACGAUGAGGGCAUCCCUUUUUCAAUUUGGAACAAAGGACCCGUGCAGCCACGACUGAGAAUGGUCGUAUCCGCCAACUGGCACGCCGUGAUGGGGGUUCCGGGAGUUUGCACGUUGUACGACUUCAUCAAGGGACAUCAACGGAACGCGUGGAACUUAGACGGGGCGGGGAACAGAGUGGGGCACUUCGGCAAGUCGGUUGAAAAGGCUGUGCACGAGGCAACUGAGGAGGGAAUGCAGGAAGGGAUGGCGAAGGCGACGGAGGAAGCGUUGCCCGAGUCAAAGCGACGCCGAUUCAACAGUCUACAGACAUCUCCCGGAGUCUGGGACACGCCUCCCGGAGUGUGGGACCCCCCUACCGCUGGAUCCGAAGUCCGGUCCGAGGAGGGAAGCGCUGUUACCCGUCUUGGAGGAGGGGAGGACGAGUCCAGGGAUUCGGCUCAGGGCGAUGUUAUUCAUGGUGAAGGGACUCUUGAAGAGGAGGGCAAUGCCUGUGUCGGCUUGCCCCCUGACGUAACCAUGACCGAGCAGGAUGAGGCCGAAGUUGUAGUGGAGAUCGAACCGGUGGUAGGGGCUGAGUCAGUGGUGGAGACUGAGGAGACCAGACCCGCGCCGGUGGUUGAGACUGAGGAGACCCGAUCCGCGCCGGUGGUGGAGACUGAGGAGGGGAGAUCCGCGUCAGUGCUGCAAGACGAAGAUACCCUGGACGGUCUGAUGCCCAAUGUUACUGGGGCGAAGCCUGAAUCCGCGGCGCUGCUGGAGGUGCCUGUGGACGAGGAGGCGCUGUCUAGUACGGACGUGUCUUCGGGUUGCUCGGACGAAGAGCCCGAGGAGGGGGAGGAAGUGGAUGUGCGAUUGUGGCGACGAAUGCCGCGACGAGUCCGGAAGCGACUGAGGAGGAAGCCGUGCUUACGGUACUCGGACCUGGCAAAGGGACUGACCCGGAUGCAGGCCGCCAUGACCCUUUACUACGUUUUGGCGGCGAGUGCCAGCGGCCGCAUUCACGUGACCCAGCACACUCCUUACGGACCAAUCGAAAUAGUUGCGUUGGACCGGAGUGCCGACCACCCCCCAGACCGGUAA